AUGAUUCGCGACCCGUUCGACAUCCACCGCAAGAACCUCUUCCAAGUCACAGCACGGCGUGCUGCCGAAAAUAUACGAGACACGGCAGCCCAGGUCGGUACCAAUGCGCUGAAGAUGCCCUUUUCGAUUCCCAAAAAUGUCCCCAACUUUGAGGACCCCCACCGCCGCCUCGAGGACAAGGCAUGGUCCAAGGUCUCGGGGCGCGGCAGCGGCCUGCUGUCUGACGUCCAGCACCGCGUCAAUGGGCUCUUUGAAUCGGACGAGCUGCCCAUGUACAAGGACAAGCCGUACUACCACGGUGGCAGCGGCCGUCGCCGGCGAUGGUAUCGCAAGAAGCGCGUGGUCGGCUCGCUCACCCUCGCCCUCGUGAUCCUCUUCCACAUCCUCGGCUGGCUGCCCUGGCAGUCGUCGCGGCCCAAAGGGGCGCGCGGCAAGUCUGCGUGGGGCUUCCUGGGCAUCUCCAAAAACGAGGUCGUCGACUGGGAUCACAGACGGGCGCAAGUGGUGGAAGCGUUCCAGCUCAGCUGGGACGCCUACGAGCGCCACGCAUGGGGCUAUGACGAAUUCCACCCCAUCUCGAAAUCCGGAAAAUACAUGGCGCCCAACGGCAUGGGCUGGAUCAUUGUCGACUCUCUCGACACACUGAUGCUCAUGAACCUGACGUCACGCCUCGAGCACGCCCGAGAAUGGAUAUCAAAUUCGUUAACGUGGGACCAGCACCAGGACGUCAACACAUUUGAGACGACAAUUCGAAUGCUGGGUGGGCUGCUCUCCGCCCACUACCUCUCGACAGAGUUCCCCGAGCUUGCGCCCAUCAAAGAAGACGACCCUGGCAAACCAGGCGAGGACCUGUACCUCGAAAAGGCUGCCGACUUGGCCGGCCGCCUCUUGGGCGCAUUCGACACGCCCUCUGGCAUUCCCUAUGCCAGCGUCCAGCUGGACGACUCCAAGGGCAUCCCGUCGCAUGGCGACAUGGGCGCCAGCUCCACCGCAGAGGCGACGACGCUCCAGCUCGAAUUCAAGUACCUCGCCAAAUUGACGGGCGAGCCCAACUACUGGGAAAUUGUCGAAAAGGUCAUGGCCGUUAUCGACGACAACAACAUGCCUGACGGUCUGAUGCCCAUUUACAUUUACCCCGCCAACGGCGAGUUUCGCGGUGAAAAUAUCCGUCUCGGCAGCCGAGGCGACUCGUACUACGAGUACCUGAUCAAACAGUAUCUGCAAACCAACAAGAAGGAAACUGUCUAUCUUGAAAUGUGGAAGGAAUCCAUGGCCGGUAUUCGCAAGCACCUGUUGACCCACAGCGAGCCCUCAGGCUUCACCAUUGUCGGCGAGCGUCCCAACGGCCUCGAGGGCGAUUUGCUGCCCAAGAUGGACCACCUCGUCUGCUUCCUGCCGGGCACCAUUGCGCUCGCCGCCACCGAGGGCCUGACUGAGGCCGAGGCGCGCAAGUUGCCGACGUGGACGGCGCAGCACGAUGCAGAUAUGCAGUUUGCACGCGAGCUGAUGCAGACCUGCUGGGGCAUGUACAAAUAUAUGGCCACGGGCCUGUCGGCCGAAAUCACCUUUUUCAACACGGCCAACCCGCCCGCCGCGCCAGACGCCCCGCACCACCAGCCGCCCGCCGAGUUUGACAGUGACCCCGACGCGCGCUGGCGUCAGGACUUUAAUGUCAAGAGCAACGACGCGCACAACCUGCAACGCCCCGAGACGGUCGAGAGCCUGUUUUACAUGUGGCGCAUCACGGGCGACCCCAAGUACCGCGAGUGGGGCUGGGAUAUGUUUACCUCGUUUAUGAACUACACGGCUGUGGAGGAGCAGGGCGGCUUCACAAGCCUGGACGAUGCCAAUGUGAUUCCGCCGCGCGUGAGGGAUAACAUGGAGAGCUUCUGGCUGGCCGAGACGCUCAAGUACAUGUAUCUGCUGUUCUCAGACAAUAGCCUGAUGCCGCUGGACAAGAUUGUGUUUAACACGGAGGCGCAUCCCCUCCCGCGGUUCGACAUGGGCGACUUGUUCAAGACAGGCUGGCAGCGCAAGCCGCGCGAUGCGGACGGGAAUGUUGUUGGCAAGGUGAAGCCGACGGCGGCGACGUCGGGAUAA